AUGAAGGUCCUUCUCACAGGUGGCUCAGGCUUUAUUGCAGCACAUUGCGUCGACGUACUCCUCAAGCACGGUCAUGACGUUGUUUUCACCGUCCGAUCUGACGACAAAGGACAGAAAAUCUUGAAGAAUCACGCUGGGACCCCGUCGAGUAAACUCAGCUAUGUCAUUGUUAAGGAUAUUGCUCAAGAGGGAGCUUUCGACGACGCCGUCAGGUCUGACCCGCCCUUCGAGGCCGUCCUGCACACCGCAUCACCGUUCCAUUUCAAUGUCACCGACCCCAAGAAGGACUUGCUUGAUCCGGCAGUGAUCGGUACAACGGGCAUCUUGAAGGCGGUGAAGAAGUUUGCCCCUACUGUCAAAAGAGUGGUCAUCACCUCGUCCUUCGCGGCCAUUAUCAGUCCCAACAACCAUCCCAAGGUUUACAGCGAGGCUAAUUGGAAUCCCAUCACUUGGGAAGAGGCCAUCCAGACACCCAGCAAUGCGUACCGAGCGAGCAAGACCUUUGCAGAAAAAGCAGCAUGGGAGUUUGUGGAGAAAGAGAAGCCGAACUUCGACCUUGCAACGAUUAACCCGCCCUUAGUGUUCGGGCCUGUCGUGCACUACCUGAACUCGCUGGAUGCCAUCAACACCUCGAAUGCUACGAUCCGGGAUAUGAUCGAAGGAAAAUGCAAGGACGCAAUCCCACCAAGCACUGGUUUUCUGUGGGUGGAUGUUCGGGAUGUUGCCCUUGCGCAUGUCAAGGCCAUGGAAACAUCGGCGGCCGGAGGAAAGAGAUUCUUUGUCACUGGCGGCCACAUGAGCAACGGUAUCGUUGCUUCAAUCAUUAGAAAGGAGUUCCCGGAGUUCGCCGACAGACUCCCUGCCGAUAUCGACACUUCCUUGCCUGCAGACAUCUUCGGAUAUGACAACUCGCGAAGCAAGGAGAUUCUGGGGAUCGAAUACCGAAAGCUGGAGGACACUGUAAGGGACACAGUGAAGUCGCUGCUUGCAGUUGGUGCAUGA